GUUCUGAUAAGAAAGACGCCGCAUAUUAAGAUGUUGUUUGAAGUUUCUAGAAAUCUUAUUUGGGAGAAGGAUGCUUUGCAAAUAGAGCAAUUGAUGUUUUAAGAGAAAAAAUGUUCUUACCUGGGUAUUAGUAAUUAAGAUAUCAACGGCAGUGAGGGCAAGGAAUAUUUAGAAAAUGUGUAAGUGUUCUGUUUAAGUGGACCCAAUACGUAGAUCUAUACAUCAUACAUGUCAGCUAUGAUCUAUGAUUCAUAUAAUAGAAUUGAAGACCUCCUAAUGAUCUUAUAUAAAUUAGCAAUCGGAGACAGCAGACAUCAUUGACUGUAAUAUAGCGAUGUAGUCAAUGUAGUUAAUUAAGAAGUCCAAGUUUCAUGUGUACUCAAACACUACGGCUAGCUUAGAAAUAAAGCAAUAUUGAUCCAAAUGUAAUUCUCACUGUGUCUGACUUCUAGUGAAUCGACACAAAUUUCCAUAAACAAGCGUUAUCAUUCCGCAUGCCAUUCAUUAUUGUAUUUAAAAUGAGUGAACUUUGUGAAUUAAAAGAUACCGCACUUGCUAAAGUUGGAGGCAUUGGCCCAGGUCACGUGGUUGAUGCCGCUGACAACCCGGAUGAAAACAGUGAACACUCAUCAAGAGGGUCCGAUGGCUCUGUUGAUUCUCACGGCAACAAAAAGCCCCGUGCUAUGCUAAGGCGCGGAGGGAUUUUUCCAGGUGCGAAAUGGCGACGACUACGGAACACAUUACGGGCAGCACAAGAAAUGCAAGCUCCGCGUAGAAAACCCGGUUUACAGAGAGAAGACUCUUUUUUAAAGAAAUUUUCUACUCGACGAAAUUCGAGAAAUAAUGAAAAUUCGGACAAUGAGGAGGAUCAACAACACUUCCCCAUGCACUGGCGUUCGCUGCAUCACGGACAUACGUUUGUGGUGCAGCACCAUGGGAGUUUUAUGUUCUGGUGGUUAGGAGUGGUGACUAUUGCUGUUUUAUAUAACCUGUGGACAUGUAUUGCAAGGGAAGCUUUCCGGGAAAUUCAGGAUAGCUGCCCAGCGGCAUGGUUUAGUUUGGAUGCAUUAAGUGAUGUGAUUUAUAUUUUGGAUAUAUUAGUGCAAUUUCGAACGGGAUAUUUGGAUCAAGGAUUAAUGGUGUACGAUAGCAAAAAGUUGGCCAGAAAGUAUGUGAAUUCCAAAUAUCUCUAUGUAGACAUAAUUUGCCUACUUCCACUGGAUUUUUUUCAGUUUUUAGUUGGCAUUCAUCCGAUGUUACGUUUCAUGAGAUUUCUUAAAGUGUAUAGAUCUUUUAACUUCUUACACAUGUUAGAAUCGAGGAAUGCCUAUCCAAAUCUUAUACGUGUUGCAAAUCUCAGCCACAUUCUUUUUUUGGGAGCACAUUGGUUUGCUGCUUUUUAUUACUUGAUAUCUGAAGCAGAAGGCUUCCGAGGAGGGUGGUCGUAUCCACAGCCCGUGGGUGAAUAUGCUUCUGUCACAAGGAAAUAUUUAGCAUCUUUAUUUUGGUCAACCUUGACCUUAACAACUAUUGGUGACUUACCACCCCCGGAAAGUAAUUGGGACUGGCGAAUGUCUAAUAUGGAAUACCUGUUUGUUAUUGUGAGUUAUUUAAUAGGUGUAUUUAUAUUUGCUACUAUCGUGGGUCAAGUGGGAAAUGUUAUCAAUAAUAAAAAUGCCAGUCGGCAGGAAUUUGAACGAUUAUUGGAUGGUGCCAAAUUAUACAUGUCUACACAUAAUGUUCCACAUGAUCUACAGAAACGAGUUCAACGAUGGUAUGAUUAUGUUUGGUCAAGAGGACGUUUGAAUGGUGCUGAUAUCAAUUCAUUAGGAUUAUUACCUGACAAAUUGAAAACGGAAUUAGCCAUACAUGUAAAUUUAGAGACACUUAAAAAGGUAACAAUAUUCCAAGAAUGCCAGCCAGAAUUUCUGCAUGACUUGGUACUUAAGAUGAAAGCUUAUAUAUUUACCCCAGGGGAUCUGAUUUGUCGUCGUGGAGAGGUAGCAAGAGAAAUGUUUAUAGUAGCUGAUGGUCUAGUCGAAAUAAUAAGUGAAAGUGGUACAGUAUUGAAACAGAUGGGUGCUGGUGAUUUCUUUGGUGAAAUUGGUAUUCUCAACUUAGAUGGCGGUAUAAAUAGGCGAACAGCAGACGUAAGAUCUGUAGGUUAUUCGGAAUUAUUUGUUUUAUCUCGUGAAGAUGUACUUGGCGCCUUGAAAGAUCACCCUGAUGCCGAGUCCAUCAUCAGAGAUUACGGUCAGAGACGUCUACGGGAAAUUGAAGCCCAUAGAAAUAAAGUGAAGCCAUUACAGCAUCACCAGAAUCCAAUCGUUAGGAACAAUUUAUUAUCCACCUUACGAAAUAUGUCACCAAAGGUUCGGCGUGCUGGACCCCAUUCUCCCAACGAUGGGAAAAGCAACAAUGUAUUCACUUAUCCUGGAGAAGAUGAUAUAAAGUGUGUCCAAGUGGAAGCAGGUGUUUUGCAUAGAGUUUAUGGUGGCAUCCGUAGACUUUUUCACAGGAAGGUUCGUCGACAGAAGACAGGCGAUGAUUCGGAAGGACGCAUUGUUUGGUCUUCAGUGGAAGAAGGUCGUCCGAAAACAAUACGUUUUAGUUCUGCUGACCAGUGCGGUAAAAAGGAAUCGGGUAAUACAAUCGCUAAUGCAAUUCACCAAAAACUCUCAAACAAACAUUCAGGGUAUGAAGCCGUAAAUACUGAGGACCACGAUACUGACACUACAUCUUUUUGUCCAGAACACGAUACGCCAUCGACAAAACUCUUAUUAAAAGCUGAUGCUAAAAAAGUGAUAAAACCCAAUGAUUUGUUAUUCAUUCGUAAGGACAUUUUAACCAAAAGACAAAAUAUGGGAUUUAGAAGUUAUUCUGUUGAAAAUGCUCCGUUAGAAACAGUAGAAAGUGGAGAUGAUUAUUCCUCGGGUCCUUCUUCAGCACGUGGUUCGCGUCAGUCUUCAAGAAGUCCUACAGCUAGCCCUACCUCCUCUCCGUCUUUAGUUCGAUCAUUGACGGGUCCAUCUGUCAAACCUUCAUUUAAUUGUUCCAAACUUUCAAAUGCUGCAUCACCUGUUGGUCUUCCUGCUUUAAGUAGCCGAGAAUCGAGUGCGAGUCCACCACCUCCCGCCAAAUCCGAGAUUUUUAGUCCAAUAAAACUCUGCCAAGAUUCGAAAGCAAUGUCUACUUUCUCAAACAGUAAUAGUUUUCUUGAAAAAAAACAAGAGGAGUUUUACAAGAUGCAAGCCGCUGAGAUGAAACAACUUAGAAAUACCAUGGAAUCUAAACUAGAUGAUAUGAAACAUAUUUACAAACAAGGUUUAGAGAGAAUAGACCGAUUAGCAUCUGUACAAGAAAACAUGGUCAAAUUAUUAUCUCAAACCAUGCAAGAGAUACAAAGGAAACAGUCAUCUACAUCAGUUCCCAGUGAAUCAACGCCAAAAACGAUAACAAUUAGCCUUGAAAAAAUGGACCAGGAAAACCCGGCAACCGAGGACUCGGAAGCAGAAGAAACGACAUCAUUAUAGUAGCGGAUUUAAUUUUGAUGCCAACGCUUGGGUCAGUCCAAAAUGGUAUACCAAGAACAAAGAUGUCCUCGAUCUCGCUGCACGGAUCUUGUUUAACAUUACCAUCACUUUAAUUAAUAAAUCCGUAAAGUAAGAUACUUAAUUUAAAUGUGGGGUGUCGCGGUUUCUUGUACAUUGGGCUUGUUUGUUUUUCAUAAAAACAAAACAUGAUUUCUGUCACUGUUUAUACUUUUUUUAUGAAACAUUCUGCUAGAUAACUUUUCAUCAACCCAGUUGAGUGGUAUCAGAUUUUAAUCUUUAAAUUAAGUUUCUGGUUCUUAUAUAUUUUCAUGAUUUUUUUUUCUUUUAUUUCAUAUGAAAGCUAAUUGUUUCUGUUAA